AUGGCAACACCUAUCCUUACAAGCAUUGAUCCACUUUUUGAAGCGAUGAUGAGGGACAAUUCUAUCCAUGAAAAAACAUCUCUUGACGAGGGCAUUGAAAGCAAAAAUAACUAUCACGAUAACAACUCACCCAAUAGUGGACCAAUCGAAGAUGUAGAAUCUAGGUAUCCAGGACCUCUUGGUUUUGCUCUUCUUCUCCCUGGCGUUUGUCUGGCUGCUUUUAUAGUGGCACUUGGUCGAUCGAUUGUCGCAACAGUUAUCCCUCAGAUCACUGAACACUUCGGCUCACCAGAAGAUGUGGGAUGGUAUGGUUCCGCUUACCUGCUAACCGCGUGCGCCUUCCAACCGCUUUUUGGCAGAGUGUACACUCACUUCAAUAUUCGAAACGCUUACCUGCUAUCUCUCAGGGUUUUCGAAUUUGGGAGUCUUUUAUGCGGAGUUGAACGAAACUCUACAGCCCUUAUCGUUGGUCGGGCAAUUUCUGGUGUUGGGGAAGCUGGAAUUAUAGCAGGAAAUCUCAACAUAAUUUCGUUGGGCGCUCCAUUGAAGAAGAGACCCUUGGUUCGAUUUGCAUUCGGAAUCGGCUUUGUUUGCGGGCCCAUCAUUGGCGGUACAUUGAUUAGUCGUGUAUCGUGGAGAUGGUGUUUCUGCUUCAACCUUCCCGUGGGAGCUGUGACUCUUGUAGCAUUACUGUGCUUUUUCCAUCCGAAGAAGUCGCUUAGAGCGUGCGAACAACUUAAAAAAAGACUACUACAUCUGGAUCUCGUUGUAAAUAUUCUGACCAUGGCUGCCGUGAUCAUGUUAUUAUUGGCUUUGCAAUGGGGAGGGUUCUCUAUGCCCUGGAGUAGUUCGAGGAUCAUCGGGCUGGUAGUUGGCUUUGGUGUGGUUUCGAUCUUGUUCUUGAUUUGGCAAUGGUACUAUGGUACAGAGGCACUACUUCCUCUACGUAUGAUAACGCAGCGGAAUGUUUUCGCCGCCAUUGCUUCAUCAUUCUUCCAGUCAGGAGCCGUCCUUGUGUAUACACAUUACCUUCCUUAUUGGUUUCAAGCAAUUAAGAACGCGUCGCCCCUCAGGUCUGGCAUUGAUACAAUUCCUUACGUCGCUAGCAGCUUUGUUGCCGCAAUUUGCGGCGCGAUCAUGGUGAAAAAGUCGGGAUAUCUCAAUAUACCAUCUCUUGCAGGUUCUAUAAUUGCUUCAGUCGGAGUUGGGCUUUUGUACACACUGCAUGAAUAUACACCAACAGCAAGAUGGGUUGGCUUCGAGAUUUUAGGUACAGCAAAGGCUGCCACUCUUAUAACAGAGGAAGUGCUUAUUGGUACAGCCUUAAUUCUCUUCUCGCAGAACCUUUCUGGCGCAAUUUUUGUUUCGGUGGAGAGUAGUAUUCUUAGAAAUAAGCUCUUAGUGGGAUUCCAUGACCCUCAAUUCGCGGGAGUCAACAUUCAGCUUCAGCCAUUAUUAACGCUGUACAACAGUGCACUUCAAAAUGUCUUCAUAAUGGCAGUACCGAUGUCCGUGCUGGUCUUGAUUUGUGCAAUUCCCUUGGAGUGGAGAGAUUUGAGGGAGAAACAAAGGGAGCAGUCUCAGGCUGAUAUUUGA